AUGAAUUUUGAAUUUGAGAGGGAGAUUGGGUUUAUAAACAGCCAGCCAUCGCUCGCCGAGUGCCUGACUUCCUUCCCCGCUGUCUUGGAGACAUUUCAAACUUCAUCAAUCAAGGAGUCGACAUUAAUUCCUCCUCCUCCUCCUUUCGAGCAAACCAUCCCCAGCCUCCAGCCGGGCGCCUCCACCCUUCAGAGACCCCGGAGCCAAAAGCGAACCGAGGAUGGGCCGGCGCCGCCGCCGCCACAGCCGCCUCUCCUCGCAGCUCCCUUGGCCCCCGAAUUCCCCUGGAUGAAAGAGAAGAAAUCGACCAAGAAAUCCAGCCAGUCGGCCUCAUCCCCUGCCCCAGCUUCCUCCACAGUGCCGGCCUCUGGAGCUGGAUCACCCGCAGAUACCCCUGGACUUCAGGACGGAGGUGGCAGCGGGGCCCGGAGACUGCGCACAGCCUACACAAAUACUCAGCUACUGGAGCUGGAGAAGGAAUUCCAUUUUAACAAAUACUUGUGCCGGCCCCGCCGAGUGGAAAUCGCGGCACUGCUAGACUUGACAGAGAGGCAGGUCAAAGUAUGGUUCCAGAACCGGCGAAUGAAACACAAACGACAGAACCAGCAUAAGGAACCUCUGGAUGGCGAAGCCGCUUACCCCGGGGCUCUGGAGGAGGGCAGUGACCCAGCGGAGGAGCCCGAGGGCAGCCCGGCCUUGGGUCAAGCUCUGGACGCCCCAUUGCCAUCCCUAGGGGAUAAAGAGGCCUGUUCUCUCCCCACCAAGCCCACCCUGGGUCAGCUAGGACCUCGGCUGCUGUCUGCGCCAUCAGAGAAUUCGAACACUGAGAGCCCUCAGUACCCCGAGGACAGGCCAGGGGCAAUGGAACCCGAGACUCUUCUGGAAGACUCUUUCCCCGAAGGGCAAGAUUCUCCCUUCUUGCCCGACCUCAAUUUCUUUGCUUCCGAUUCCUGCCUCCAGCUCUCGGCGGGGCUUUCCCCUAGCCUGCAGGGCUCCCUGGACAGUCCAGUUCGAUUCUCUGAGGAAGAUCUGGAUUUCUUCACCAGCACGCUCCGAACCAUCGACUUAGAACACCUACAGUUCCAAUAACACUUCUCCCCCAAACACACAAGCCAACCACUUCCUCCCCCUUCCUGACCUCUUCACUUCGUACCAGGGAGUACUCUUUCUGGGUUAGAGGACUCCUUUUCCCUUUCUUCGCCUUUCCUCAUUCCCAUAGGAUCCUUUAUAAGUUUUACUAAAAAUUCAGGUAUUAUCAAAUUAGAAUCUUAUCCAUUUCUUCUCCUCUCCUCUCCGUCUCUGUCUCUCUGACUCUCUC